AUGUCAGAUUCUAUUACUAAAGCACCACCUGUGACAUCUGAAGUGUAUGCGCCAGCAAUACAUAUGAAUCCAUCAGUAUUUAUUUGUCGGGCUGAAAAACCAGCAGAUAAAGAAAACACAGAAAAUAUUGAAUGUAAUAGAACAGGGAGCCAUGUUUGCGAUGAACCUUCAUUGUGGGCCGAAACACCAGCAGAUAAAGAAAACACAGGAAAUGUUGAAUGUAACAGAAGGGAGAGCCAUUCUUCUGAUCAAGCUUCAUUGCAGGGACCGGUAGCUCUUUUCUCUUUGCUGUCUGUACGGAUCAUUAGAAUGACAAACCUCAGAGAAGCAGAUUUGCUAAGCCAUAGUGAUUGCUACGUAGGUUUGAGAUUGCCAUCCUCUUCCUUCAUCAAUGCACGGACAAAAACUAUUUCAAAUAGCAAAAAUCCAGUCUGGAAUGAAACAUUCUUCUUCAGGAUUCAGACUAUGGCUAAGAAUAUACUUGAAAUAACACUCUAUGAUGAAGACAGCCCAUUGAGCGAUGAGGAACUCUGUUGUGUUACAUUUGAUAUAGCAAAUCUUCAGCCUGAAGAAAGAGUUUGCAAGCGUUUUGAAAUGAACAAAGAGGAAAAUGAAUUGCUAGAAGUGGAAUUCUAUUUGGAAAACAUAUCAGAUAUGCCAGAAAACCUUAUAAGUAAUGGAGUAGUCUUGUCUCGGGAACUUUGCUGCCUAAAAGUAGAGGUGAAUCACAGAGAAAGGAAGAAAAAAAGAAAAAAGCAAACUUUUGCAUGUACACUGAGAGGAUCUUAUGAAGAUGCACAGAAUAUUUUAUUGGAUUCAAGUUCCAGAGAUGCUCCGCCAAAUCAUACAACUUUCCACUAUGCCAAGUACUGUAAUCCCAAAUUAGAGAUACAAUUAUUGAAGAAACGUUCCAUUUGUUGUCCCUCAAAUACUACACUCGCCUUCACCGUGCCUUUGUAUCAGGUUCCUUUGGGAGAGAGAAUAGAAGUAGGAAAUGAUAAAGCAUAUGAAUUCUUUGUGACAGAAGAAAAAUGCCAGAAAAGCCCAGAUAUGCGUUUGGGCUUCGAUCUCUGUCCAGAAGAGCAGGACUUCAUCUGUAAGCGCAAGAAAUAUGUUGCUGCUGCUUUGAAAAAUGUUCUUCGGCUAGAAGGAGAAUUGCAGGACAAUGAGGUUCCAGUGGUGGCUCUUAUGACUACAGCCGGGGGAGUAAGAUCAAUGACAGCCAUGUAUGGGAGCCUGUUAGGUCUCCAGAAACUCAAUCUCUUGCAGUGUGUUUCAUACAUUACUGGUUUAUCUGGCACAACGUGGGCAAUGAUAAAUUUAUUCAGAGAUCCAUAUUGGUCACACAAGAAUCUAGAAGGCGUGAUCAUGGAUGUUCGGAAACAAGUGAUGAAGAAUAAAUUGUGCUGUUUUAGUCCAGACAACUUGAAAUAUUAUGAGAAGGAAAUAUGGAACAGACACGAUGAAGGUCACAAGCUGACAUUUGCAGAUCUCUGGGGACUAAUUCUUGAAUCGAUGUUUCAUGAUGAGCCAGACCCCAAUAAGCUCUCAGAUCAACGACGGGCAAUAAAUCUAGGUCAAAACCCUCUUCCUAUCUACCUUGCUCUUAAUGUCAAGAAAAGAUAUAGCACUUUAGAUUUUAAAGAAUGGAUGGAAUUCACUCCCUAUGAAGUGGGCUUCUUGAAAUACGGAGCAUUUAUUAAUGCAGAAAAUUUUGGAAGUGAGUUCUACAUGGGUCACUUAAUGAAGAAGAUCCCAGAAUCUCGGCUUUGUUUUAUGCAAGGCAUGUGGAGUAAUAUCUAUUCCCAAAAUCUGCUGGAUGCCUUAUAUUUAGCAGAAUGUUCAGAAGACUUCUGGCAUAAAUGGACAAGACCUAGAAUGUAUGAAAUUGAAGAAGAUACUCCCCCUUGGUUGCCCAAGAGACCAUAUGUGCAGCCAACACGUCUUUUCAUCCCUAAUGGUUCUGUGUCAGAUGCGAUUAAAGAUGUUGUAACCAUGCGUCCAGUUGUUGCAUGCUACCCCAAUUUUAUUAAAGGUUUGCAGAUGAACAACAAAUACUUGGAGAACAAUAAUUUUUCCAUGUGGAAAGAUACUAUACUGGAUUGUAGCCCUAAUCACCUGACUGAGUCUGAAGACUAUUUGGAGCUUGUAGACACAGCUUUCUUUAUCAACACCAGCUGCCCACCUCUUUUAAGACCAGAAAGACAAGUAGACAUUAUUAUACAUUUAAAUUACAGUGGAGGAUCACAGACAUUGCCGCUGGAUUUAAGCACAAGGUACUAUCACGGUCAGGGCAUCCCAUUCCCCAAGACUGAUCUGACAGAAGAAGACAGGAAGAAUCUCAAGGAAUGUUAUCUCUUUGAUGAUGCAGAGAGUCCAAAGGCUCCUAUUUUGCUGUAUUUUCCAUUGGUGUGUGACAGCUUCCAAAAAUACAAGUCACCUGGGGUGGAACGUGCUCCAAGUGAGAUGGACGAUGGCUAUGCUGAUGUCACUAGCACUGUUUUUUCACCAUACGCCACUGGCAUUCUGCAAUAUUCAGAGGAGGACUUCAAUAAGCUGAUAAAUUUGACCCACUAUAAUAUUCUGAACAAUGAACAUAUGAUUCUUCAGGCUUUACGGACAGCAGUUGAAAGAAAAAAGCAGCAGAAUUUCCGUUCCUCCUUUUAA